GCAAUUAAAGUAGCCACAAACAAUUUCUCAACUGAUAAUAAGUAUAAGUUGGGUGAAGGUGGAUUUGGUGAGGUUUAUAAGGCAUACUUCCUAAUGGACGAGCAAUAGCCGUAAAGAGGCUUUCGAGAAGAUCCUGCCAAGGUUCUGCAGAAUUCAAGAAUGAAAUCGUAUUGGUAACCAAGCUCCAACACAGAAAUUUGGUUAGGCUGUUGGGAUUCUGCUUGGAGGGAGAAGAAAAGAUUCUUACAUAUGAAUUUGUUCCCAACAAAAGUCUUGACUAUUUUUUAUAUGAUCCUGAAAAGUAAGGACAAUUGGAUUAGUGAAGACACUACAAGAUAAUUGGAGGCAUUGCUCGAGGGCUGUAUUAUCUUCACGAGGACUCUCAGAUUAAAAUUAUUCAUCAUGGUCUCAAAGCUAAUAAUGGAUUGUUAGAAGAGAGUAUGAACCCCAAAAUUUCCGAUUUUGUCAUGGCGAAAAUAGUUGGAGUUGAUUCAUCCCAAGUACAUACAAACACACUGGUCGGGACAUAUGGUUACAUUUCACCAGAAUAUGCUAUACAUGGGCAGUGUUCAGUGAAAUCUGAUGUGUAUAGUUUUGGAGUUCUAGUUUUGGAGAUUAUUACUGGCAAGAAGAACAGCAAUUUCUAUCAAACAGAUGGUGCUGAGAAUCUCAUGAGCUACGCUUGGAAACACUGGAGAGAUGGAACACCCUUGCAAUUGUUGGAUUCAACUCUGUCAAAUUCUUAUUCAAGAGAUGAAGUGAUCAGAUGUGUCCAUGUGGGGUUGUUAUGUGUCCAGGAAUAUCCAACAGAGAGACGAACAAUGGCAACAAUAGAUCUCAUGCUUAAUAGUUACUCUGUUACUCUUCCAUCACCUCAACAGCCAGCGUUUUACCUCGGCACUGGAAGGGAGGUCAGCAUGCCACUGCAGCUUGGCUUUGAGCAAACUACAGACAAGACAACGGCAUGCUCUGUGUAUGAAGAGUCCAUUACUGAAUUAUAUCCUCGAUAAUGGGGGAUGACU